UCGACCACAAAGGAUGCCGUCGUUUCGGAUCUGAUCUGUACAUUUCUAACGCGAACGUGGUUUUCUGGAAUAUAACCUAAGGACAACUGGAAGUGCUUUCAGUGGAAGAUAUCUGUCGAUGCUAUUUCAAAUGAUUACGCUAAAGGAGACAAAAGACAAAGAGGAAAAAUGAUGUCUUGGUCGCGCCCUCUGCUUUUCUCUCUGCUGUUCUGCUUUGACGAGCUGAUUUUAGCUCAGUUAAAAUACUCGACUCCAGAGGAAGUUAAACUGGGAGCUGUUAUUGGAAACGCCGCUAAGGAUUUGGGCCUUGAUGUGAGUUCACUGACAAACAGGCGUUUUCGUAUUGUGUCCGGAGCUCAGGACGCGCUGUUUGAGGUAAACCCGAACAAUGGGCUUCUGUAUGUUCAUAAGAAUCUCGACAGGGAACAGCUGUGCGAUGGAAAUGGUGCUUGUUUAAUAGAUUUGAAAAUCGUUGUUGAAAAUCCACUUGAAAUCCAUUAUGUCACAGUGGAAAUAACGGAUGCAAACGAUCAUGUACCUACGUUUGCAGAGAAAGAAAAGGUUAUAGAAAUAGCAGAAAAUACUUUAGCGGGUGCACGAUUUCAGUUACCAGGCGCCCGUGAUCCUGAUGUUGGAAUAAAUUCCGUCCAGCGCUAUAAACUAAGUCAAAACGAUCAUUUUAAUCUUGAAAUUCGAGAAAGGGGAGAGGAUAAAAUCCCUUUCUUAGUGUUGCAGAGGCACUUGGACAGAGAACAGAAAACAAACCACAGCCUGGUUUUAACCGCUAUGGAUGGAGGGACACCGCCAAAGUCUGCAAAUCUUAAUCUCACCAUAAAAGUUCUUGAUAUUAAUGAUAACAGACCUACUUUUUCGAAGGAAGUGUAUUCUGUGACAUUACAAGAAAACGUCGGCCUAGAUACGAUUGUAAUAAAAGUCCAAGCAACUGAUCUUGAUGAGGGGGGUAAUGGGGAUGUGGAGUAUGCCUUUGGAGGAGACAUUAAUUCCAAGGUGUUGGAGCUAUUUAGUCUAGAUAGAAACACAGGUGAAAUCCGAGUUCAAGGACAAAUAGACUAUGAGACAGCUGAUGUUUUCAAGUUAGACGUCCAAGCCUAUGACAGAGGGCAGCCUCCGAUGACAACGGACUGUAGAGUUAUAAUAAAGAUCCAGGAUGUCAAUGACAAUGAACCGCAAAUAGAGGUGACAUCAAUAUCCAGCAUGGUCCCAGAGGAUUCAAAACAUGGUACGGUGAUCUCUCUUAUUAGUGUUACAGACAUUGAUUCUGGACUGAAUGGCAAAGUCACGUGCAGUCUGAUAGGGAACGUACCAUUUGAACUAAAACCGUCGUUCAAAGAAAACAUGUAUUCAUUAGUGACAAAAGAAACACUGGACAGAGAAAUUGUGUCACAUUAUGAUAUCUCGAUAACGGCUACAGACUACGGUGAGCCUCCACUUUCCACAUUCAAAACUUUGAGCAUCCAGGUAUCAGAUGUGAAUGAUAACAUCCCCCAAUUCUCACACAGUCCCCUAGAAUUAUAUUUGACGGAAAAUAAUGCUCCUGGCGCAUCGAUAUUUUCAGUGAGUGCCUCUGAUAAAGACUUAAACGACAAUGCUGCAGUGUCCUAUCGCAUAACGAGAGGGGAGGGCGGUCAUACUGACACGGCAUCUUUCCUCAAUAUAAAUCCAGAUAAUGGACACAUUUCAGCACUAAAAAGUUUUGACUUUGAAACAGUGAAAACUUUCCAGUUCCAAGUUGUCGCCACAGAUUCAGGAACUCCGUCACUAAGCAACAACGUGACAGUGAACGUGUUCAUUCUGGAUCAGAACGACAACGCUCCAGUCAUCCUGUAUCCAGUCAGCUCCAACGGUUCUGCUGAAGGUGUGGAGGAGAUUCCCCGCAAUGUCAACGCAGGACACUUGGUGACUAAAGUCAGAGCCUAUGACGCUGAUAUAGGAUAUAACGGCUGGUUACUCUUUUCACUGCAGGAAGUCACUGACCACAGUCUCUUUGCUUUGGACCGCUAUACAGGACAGAUCAGAACACUUCGCUCAUUCACAGAGACAGACGAGGCUGAGCAUAAACUGCUCAUACUGGUCAAAGACAAUGGCAACGUUUCACUCUCAGCAACAGCUACUGUCAUUGUCAAACUUGUGGAGCCCAGAGAGGCUUUUGCAGCUUCUGAUGUUAAAAGUGCAACUAAAGUUGACGAGGAGGACAAUGUGACAUUUUACCUCAUGAUAACUUUGGGCUCAGUUUCUCUACUUUUUAUCAUCAGUAUCAUCGUGAUGAUUGCAAUGCAGUGCUCCAAAUCCACAGACUAUACUUCCAAAUAUCUCCAAGAGGCUAAUUAUGAUGGGACACUGUGUCACAGCAUCCAGUACAGAUCUGGAGACAAACGCUACAUGUUAGUUGGACCCAGAAUGAGUAUAGGAUCUACUAUAGUCCCUGGCAGCCAUGCCAACACACUAGUGCUCCCUGACAGGAGGAGGGGAUCUGGAGAGGUAAGACUGUAA